AUGGCCGAUUCCAAGGAGCUCGGCUCGGCGAACCGUCGAAUCUCUGCCGUCACAAAUCAUCUCAUUCCCGUGGGACUAAUUCCAACUCGCGUUGACUCAGUGGAACUCUGCAAUGCUUCGUCGAUGAAUGACAAUUACCACAAGGUUCAUGGUGAAGUGCCGACCAACGAAAUCGUAUGGAGAAAAGCUGAUUUCGUCGGCGAAGGAGAUAACAAAGAGUUUGUUGACAUUAUAUAUGAGAAAGCCGUUGGUGAAGAUAUUGCGAAGAUUACUAUAAACCGGCCAGAGAGAAGAAACGCGUUUCGACCUCAGACUGUGAAGGAGCUUAUGCGUGCGUUUAACGACGCCAGAGACGAUAGCUCUGUAGGAGUCAUCAUACUCACCGGAAAGGGAACGAAAGCAUUUUGUAGUGGUGGUGAUCAAGCGUUAAGAACACCAGAUGGUUAUGCUGACCCCAAGGAUGUUGGCCGCCUUAAUGUGCUUGAUCUCCAGGUUCAAAUCCGUAGACUACCAAAACCAAUUAUCGCAAUGGUUGCUGGUUAUGCUGUUGGAGGAGGACAUAUCUUGCACAUGGUCUGCGAUCUAACUAUUGCAGCUGAUAAUGCGAUUUUUGGUCAAACGGGUCCUAAGGUUGGAAGUUUUGAUGCUGGUUAUGGAAGUUCCAUCAUGUCUCGUCUGGUUGGUCCUAAAAAGGCACGAGAGAUGUGGUUCAUGACGAGAUUCUACACUGCUUCUGAAGCGGACAAAAUGGGACUUAUCAAUACAGUUGUACCGCUAGAGGAUUUGGAGAAAGAAACCGUGAAAUGGUGCAGAGAAAUCUUACGGAACAGCCCAACAGCGAUCCGUGUGCUUAAGGCAGCACUCAAUGCAGUGGACGAUGGCCAUGCCGGACUUCAGGGACUAGGAGGCGAUGCGACACUCUUGUUCUACGGAACCGAUGAAGCUACCGAAGGUAGAACCGCGUAUAUGCAACGCCGACCACCGGAUUUUUCUAAAUUUGCCCGACGACCUUGA